AUGCAGGCCACAGCCUGUAACGGAUCAAAGGAUUCCUUGACCAUCUCCUACCUAACAGGCACCCCCUCUCUGCCAAAAUAUCUCUUCCUUUCCAUGUUCCGUGUCUUUCUCCUCCUCCAUCUGCUCAUUGUUGCAGGUCACACCCUGAUCCUGGUGGCUGUGGUGGCAGAGCCCAGCCUCCACAAGCCCAUGUACUUUUUCCUGAUAACCCUCUCUGUCUUGGACAUCCUUUCCACCACAACCACCGUCCCCAAGAUGCUGUCCCUGUUUCUGCGUGGGGACCACUUCCUCAGCCUCCCUGCCUGCUUCCUGCAGAUGUACCUCUUCCAGAGCUUCUCCUGCUCUGAAAUCUUCAUCCUGGGGAUGGUGGCCAAUGACGGCUAUGUGGCUACCUGCCACCCAUUGCACUACCCUGACCUCAUGACUCCACAGACCAAUGGGGCAUUAGCAGCCAGUGCCUGGCUCAUGGCCCUCCUCCUGCCCACCCCAGCAGUGGUGCAGACACCCCAGGUGGCUUUUAGUUCUGUGGCCCAGGUCUACCACUGCUUCUGUGACCAUUUAGCCAUGGUCCAGGCUUCCUGCUCUGACACCGCGGGCCAGACCCUCAUGGGCUUCUGCAUCACCACAGUCAUGUCCUUCCUGCAUCAAAGGACACCACUCCGGGAGAAAAUACAUCUAAUAUACUUUCUUGCAAAUCACAUAUCUGCCCUCUUCCGCUGUGUCUAUGUCAGCUGGAAUUUUUACUCGGGCUUCUCCUCAAACAUCGUCUCUCAGGGGAGCCUGCCCUGGCUCCUCACUCUGAAAUGCGAGCGCCCCGGGGAGGACAGACAGCAGAUCCUUCGAGAGACGGAGCAAAGAGAGCAAAGUUACCACCUGAAUCCCUAG